CCGUGAAUAAAAGCCGGACUGUCUCUGGACCUAACAGUCAGAAUCAUUCCAAUCUCAGACCCGGAGAGACUGAAGACUUACUAAGAAUCAUCUUUAGGUUUAUCACACACGCCACUUAAUAUGUUCUGCUUUGGAUUACUUCAGACCCGCGGGCCUAAGACCUCAUGGAUCAGCUUCACCUUUCUUUGCUCAAUCCUGUGCACGUGGACAAAGGUAGAAUGCUGGUCCUACUACUACUCUGACACCACCAUGAAUUGGCCGGAAGCCCGAACCUGGUGCCAGGAGCACUACACAGACAUGGUGGCCAUCCAGAACAAGGAGGAGAUCGAGCAUCUCAACAGCUGGCUGCCCAAGCAAUCCUCCUACUACUGGAUCGGGAUACGCAAGAUCAACCAUGUCUGGACCUGGGUGGGAACCAACAAGUCUCUCACCGCAGAAGCAACCAACUGGGCAACGGGAGAGCCGAACAACCUCAGAGGUCGAAGGCACAAGACGAGCCAGGACUGUGUGGAGAUGUACAUCAAGAGGGAAUCGCAGCCAGGCAAAUGGAAUGACGAGAGGUGUGAGAGGUUGAAGACCGCUCUUUGCUACACAGCCGCUUGCAAGGAGGACUUGUGCGGCUACGGAGAAUGCGUGGAAACCAUCAACAGCUAUCGGUGCGCCUGCUUUGAGGGCUUUUCCGGAGAAAAGUGUGAUCAGGUUGUCCAGUGUGACGCAGCGCAGGUGACCGCUCCACAUAAGGCGAGUGUCAAUUGCAUCCACAAGUACGGAAACUUCUCCUACGACUCCGCGUGCCACUAUGCGUGCGAGGAAGGAUACGAGCUGAGCAUGUCGAGGCCCCUGACGUGCACUGCCUCCGCCAAGUGGUCCGAGCCGCCUCCUCGGUGUGAAUUGGUCCGGUGUCCCGUGCUGUCAAGUCCACCCAGAGGAUCCGUGAGGUGCUCGGGUACCGCGUACCGGUCCACCUGCGCGUUCGCCUGCGACGACGGCUACGAGCUCGCCGGCGCCACGUCCGACACGCUGCAAUGCGAGGCCUCGGGAGCUUGGAAUGCGUCGCUGCCCCUUUGCCUCGCUGUCCAGUGCCUCUCUCUCUCGCCGCCGGACAAUGGAUUUGUCAGCUGCGGGCGCGAUGCAGAUGUGACGUCCAGCUACGGAAACACCUGCAGCUUCAGCUGCGCCGCCGGGCACCACCUGGUGGGACCGGGCGAGGUGACGUGCACGUCGGCCGCUGUGUGGAGUGAGAGGAAGCCUCGCUGCGAAGCCAACAUUUGCCAGAAACCAGAAGUAGGAGCUCACCUCAUCCCACAGUGCAGCCAACCUUUGACUGACCUGCGGCCAAACUCCACCUGCAGCUUCAGCUGUGAAGCAGGUUUCGAACUGCUGGGUGCGCGCAGCACUCAGUGUUCUGAGGACGGACUGUGGCGCGACGCCAUACCCACCUGCAAAGCAAUCAGAUGUCCUGCUCCUAAGAUCCCAACGAGUGGUCAAUUCACUUGCAGCCCUUCCCCGUCCUCCCCUGCUUCUACCGGGACCUCCCAUCCACUCGGCACCGUCUGCAUCUUCAGCUGCGACGAAGGCCAUGAGCUGCAGGGUGCAUUCGGCAUGGAGUGUGCAAAUCCAGGCCGGUGGACCUCGGCACCACCAAGCUGCAAAGCCGUGAGAUGCCCGUCGCUCGAGGCCCCCGAGAACGGUCACAUCAACUGCUCCAACAGCGAGCCGGUGUUCAACUCGCAGUGCACCUUCACAUGCAAUCAAGACCACACACUGGAAGGACACGAGCUGCUCACCUGUGAUCGUCAUGGCAACUGGACCACCGGACAGAAACCCACCUGCCAAGCUCCCGCGUCUGAGGUGGUUGCCGUGGCGUCUGGGGUGGCAGCAGGGGGCGCUCUGUUUUCUGGACUUUCUCUGGCCGUGUGGAUCCUGAAACGACUGAAACAGAGAGCAAGCAAGUUUGAGCUCAGCAGCAACUCUGACGUUGAAGAAUCUCCACAACUCUACAAAAACAGCAUCAGCAGCCUCAUAUAGAGUCACAUUUGUUAAAGAGACAACGAAGGACGUCUGAAUUGUUCUCCAACGAUAACUGUUGGUGACCAGUCAGUGUAAUUUGAACAACACGAAUGUAUUUCAUUGGUAUUAAUGGAAAACCCAAUAUGUGAGAGCUACCUAUGAUGAGUAAAGAGCGUUUUCCAGACAAUUGCAUUUGAUCGUGGCAUUUGUUUGUGUUGAAUUCCAUGAUGUGCUUUGGAAUUUUGUCCACUCAUCCACAGUAUUUUCCUCCCAAGGGGAGUUUUACAUUGAACACAUUGUUCUGAACCUUUACAUGCUGCAAAUGUGCUUUAUUCAAGUAAUUGUGAAUAUUAAACGCCACAGAUGCCAUUUUGAGCUGAACUGUGAAUCAUUUUAGUAUUUCUGUAUUUAUAUGCUAUUUAUUCCUCCAAUAGUCAUUGCAUUUCAAAUGCUCAUUUAUAUUUCUGUAUUCUGGUUGGCUGAAGUCGCUUUGGAUAAAAGCGUCAGCUAAAUGACAUGUAAUGUAUUCUUAAAACAGUACUGAUUUGUAAUCAUAAUAAAACUUGAAACCUUCA